CCAGUGCUCCACUUCAAACAAAGCCAUCUCUCUCUUAGCUCUUUCACAUCAACACUCUUGUUUGCAUUUCCUUAGCAACCUUCAACGCUGCGUCAAUGAAUAAAGUUGUGCUACAGGUGGAACUGCCGGAUGAGAAAACUAAGAAAAAAGCCAUGAAGGCAGUCUCCAAAAUUUCAGGAGUUGAAUCAGUGUCAAUGGAGAUGAAGGAGAAGAAAUUAACCUUAAUUGGAGACAUGGACGCUGUGGUUGUAGUGGAGAAGCUGAGGAAGCUGUGUUACACGGAGAUACUCUCUUAUGGACCCGAGAAGGUAGAGAAAAAGGAGAAUAAAAAAGUGGAGAAGAAGGAGGCAGAGAACAAGAAUAAAGAUCAAACUCAGAAUAUUGCUGAUAUUUUGAAGACCUACGAAACCUACCAUAAUCAUUAUCAUUACACCAGUUAUGUGGAAGAGAAUCCAAAUGCCUGUGUAAUUUCCUAAGUUCAUUUCAGAACAUCAUGGGAACUCCACAGAAAAUAAGUGUACAAAAGUACAUGCAUGGUUGUUUGUAGUCCUGCAUUUGAAUAUCAGCUUCCAUUUCUCCCUCUUAUUUUGCUGUUAAUAAUUUCUUAGACAAGAAGAGAUCCAGUUAUGAUGGUGUAAUUCUUA